GUUGCGCCGUGGACGUACAUCUGGAGAGCGGGUUCGUUGUGAAUUUGAAACAGACUGCCUGCAUAGAGUGUCACGUAUUACAUGUCAUCGGGCGUGAUCAGAUCUCUUUUUCCCCAACUCCUGUCAUUCAACUGUGUCUCUUCCAUCUUAUUCGCCCGCGUGACACAUGAGGCUGUGAGCUGUAACUCGACCCGGACUGAACAGCCUGGCUACAGCAGCUCCAACAGCUGGAUGAGGGCGAGAAACAUCUGCAGCGUCUGUUCCGGAGCGCGUAAAAUGAAGGGACAGCUGGAUGGCUUUGUGCCGCCUGUCCUGGAUGAAACAUCCCAGGAAUGAGAGUCAGCAGCUCGGGUGCAUCACGGACUUGGGGGACAUGAUAGCUCGAUAUCUUUAAUUUAAAGAGAACAGCAACGGUUUGAACUGAAACACCCAAGUGGAUCAGACAGGGAUGAGUGAGAUGGAGGAGCUGAGUUCUCUUCCACCAAGACCGACGAGUUCGCCUGCAGCUUCUGCAAAGAGACGGUUCGUCAAGCUGGGCAGGAAGACAGGUGACGGGUCCGAGCAAUCUGCUUCAUCCACCGGCAGUUCCUCCACCAGCAGGUCAGCUGAGGGCGUGGUCGUCAGACAGCCCAGCAAGAGCCGCAUCCGUCGCCAUACCAACCGCCUGUCAGGCGUCUUCCUUCGUGCCCCCACCUCCAGCUCAGACUCCAUGUUGCUGACGGCGGGUCUCAGGUCAUCACUGUCCACCCAGGCCAGGAAAGGCAGCAUGAUUUGCGAGGACGCUUUAAUUGCGGAUGACCCGUCUGAGCUGUCCAAUCAGAUAACUGCUCCAGGAAUCCUGAAGAUCUUUGGGAAUGAACUCUGUGAAGGGGCUCACUAUAAGAGCGUCCUGGCCACCACACACUCCAGUGCAAAGGAGCUAGUCAAAGAGGCCCUUGAACGGUAUGGCCUGAGCAAGGAGGAGGCAGAGGCCUACGUUCUCUGUGACACCAUUGGCUCCAUCGGAGGGAAUCAGUGGAAGACCGAAGGGUUUAGAGUCGUCGGCGACCACGAGAAGCCCCUCCUCCUGCAGUCACUAUGGAAACCCAGAGAAGGCCUGGCAAGACGGUUUGAAAUCCAGAGGAGGAGCCUGGUAGAGGAAAAGACAUCCAAAGACAAAGACACCAUCACUGCUGGUAUAAAUGCCCAGGCUCGAAAGCUGCAGAAGAGCCGCUCCAGAGUGACCUCCACCCUCAUAGACAGGACUAUGGGUCGAAGUCACACGCUGUGGCGGAGCAAAAGCGAAAUGGACCUUUUGGAUUCUGAUCCCAAGAUGAAACAGGACACAGAUCACGAUAAAUGUGUGAAGGAUCGAAGCGAAAGCCUGAAUCAAGCCUUACUGCAGUGCUACGAGCGCCCCAAAACCAGCACGGAACAGAAUCACACUCACAGCCUCGCAGUUCCCCCCGAGGGGUCGCAGGCAACAACAGAGACCCUCUGUCCGUCGAGGCCGAGAGGCGAGCGGGAAGGAGAGGAGUCAGAGAGGGAGGAGACGGAGAGCAGCGACGAUAACACUACACAGUACUCCAUUCACCCUCCUCACGACUGUCCAUACCUGCUGCUGCUGCAGGGCUGCAGCCCCGCACAGGACUUUGUCAUCUACCUACUUGCGGGGACAAACAUUUUAAUUGGACGGCAAAGUGAUCAGGAAGAUGGGUCAAAGCAUGACGUCCUCCUCUUUGCCACUGAUAUCCUUUCGAGACACUGCUAUUUAUGCCGCCAUAGCGUUGGGGGUCCCACUGUGCUCUGCCCUUGUCAGGAUGCUGUGGUCACCUGGAAUGGUGAAGUGCUCAAAGAGGAAGUACAGCUUAGUCCUGGUGAUGUCAUCGGGCUGGGACAAUGCUACCUGUUUCUUUUCAAAGAUCCCUCAGCUUCGCUGCACAAGGAAGUGAACGGGGCUGCACAGGAGCCCAGCUUGUCUGCUGUGCCUUGGAUGCUGACUCACAACACUUCAACAAACCAUACUACAGAAAUGAACCUCUGCAAUAUCUGCACCGCAACCUGUACUGACCCCCACAGCAUAAGCAGCAAACAGGCCCGAAGCAGAGGUCCUCCAUUUUUAAAAUCACCUGAAGGCCACAGCCUGACUCUGAACUACGAGACAGAGGACGAGGAUUGCAUUGUCAUGGAGAUAGUUGCUAUGGGAGGGGCUGGAGUUGAAGACAGACCGCCGCUGACCACAGCGUUCCUGCUGUGCAUGUGCAUUCAAUAUUCAACAACAUGUCUUCAUAACUCAGACCUCCGCAGGCUCCUGCUGCUCAUUGCCAGUGGAGUUCAGAGUGCCAUGUGGGAGCACACUAAGGAUCUAGCUGCAGAUCAACCUGAAGUUCUCAACGGUGACGGCUCAACCUCAGAGGACCUUCACCCUCUCCGCCUUUUCGACGUGAUCUCGGGACUGCGCCCCCUUGUGGUAUGGAUGUCCAACAGUCUGGAGCUGCUGCAGUUCGUCCAGUAUCAGCUGCCUCUAAUUCUGGAGUGGAGAGCCAGGAAGGAUCAGGGACGGGAGGAGGGCGAGGAGAGGGCUGGUGAUAAAACCCAUGAGGGGGAGAUCUCAGCCUUGUUGGAGCUUCAUCUGUCCUGUGUCCGCUCAGCCAGUGAGGAAACUAUGGCUGUUCUGGAGGAGGUCAUCAUGCUUGCCUUCCAGCAGUGUGUUUACUACAUUACCAAGGUCCUGUACCCCAUCUUACCUGGACUUCUGGACUGCAACCCAUUCAGAAGGAGUCCUGUCCGGCAGGUGACUUCUGAGGGUGCUCGAGUCCUGGGUAGCAGUGGACUGCAGGUCCCUGGUGAGAUCCAGCAAGUUGUGGAAGUCCUCAAUGAGACGUGGAUGCUACUCUCAGACUGUCAGCUCCAUCCAGAGAUUUCGUCUCAGCUCAUUGGCUACCUCUUCUACUUCAUCAAUGCAUCACUUGUCAACUCACUAAUGGAGAGAGGCUCAGAACCGGGUUUCUACCAGUGGUCCAGAGGUGUGCAAAUGCGGGCCAAUCUGGACUUGCUCCUGGACUGGGCCCAUGCAGUUGGACAGGGAGAACUGGCCUUGGAUCACACAAACACACUCUUGUCAGCUAUCAAUCUUCUUGCCACACCGAGAAAGAAUUUACUGCAGACAUCUUGGAUAUCCUUGCGGUCUCACUACCCUACCCUGAGUCCAGCCCAGCUGAGCCAUCUACUGAGUCUAUACAGCCAAGGGUCUUCCUGCAGACACAAGUGGAUUCCAUCAGUGCAGGAUGAAGCAGCAGUACUUAAAACUUCUGAUAUCCUGGAAAGUUUUGACACCCAGCAUCCUCUGGUGCUGCCUGGCGGGGGUUACCAGUUCCAACUAAGAAGGGCAGUAACAGAUUUAGACCUAAGUGAACAGCUGGACAAGCUCAAAGGGUUUAUUUCCUUACUCCCUAAACCACAGUCUACUGAAGUCACAACUACUGUGGAGCACCAGAGUGGUACAGUUCAGAGCCUCCCAUUCCCAUCUGCUACCCCUGAUGCCUCACCUCCAUCACCCCCAUCACCACCCUCUCCUCUCUGCACCCACUACCUGGAUGAGUUCAGUUCAUGUGGCGCCUUCCUUUUGUCGCAGAAGCUAAGAAGUCUGGAGCAGCAAAUCAGAGAGACAAAGAUGACAAGUGAGAUGAGGAGGUCAGCUCUGGACCCCUCCUGUCUCCUCACCCCACCCAACACCCCCCUCAUAGAUCUUGUUAGUUUGGUAAAGGCAGGCCAGGAUAAAUGGACAAAGGCCGACAGUGAGACACUUCCCUGGACCUACGAUGUAGAUGCACCUGACAAAGGUGGAUUAGUAUUUGAAUGUCUGGCUGCAUUGAAGGUAGACCGUUUGAAGACAGACUGCCCCAAUAUGAAAAGAAUUUUGGAACUAAAGGAGGAGGAGGAGCAGCAGGAGAAGGAAGAAGAGGACAACCAUUAUAAUGACAAUAAUGGGGAGGUGUUCAGCUUGGAACUGGAAAAGGGUGAAAGAGGACUUGGCCUUGCUCUGGUUGACACAAGGGAAACAUCCUUGAGGGUGAAAGGCAUCUUCAUCCGCUCAGUGGUUCCAGACUCCCCUGCAGCCCGGUGUAAGAAGCUGCUACCAGGAGACAGGAUCCUGGCUGUAAAUGGAGUCAGUCUGCUUGGGCUGGACCACAAGAGUGGAAAAGAGCUGAUCCAGUUAUCGGGUGACAAACUGAGAUUAUUGGUGACCAGGUGUGGUUGGAUGGCUGAGGCUAUUAAGACCGGAUGCUGACUGGAUUUUUCACACCGCUUUUUCUAACCAAGAGACUGAUGAAGCAUCCGAAGCACACUUAAAUCUGUCAAGAAGAGUUUGUAGAAUUUUCAGCGCACUAUGAAAUCCUGCUUGAAGCGAGUACCAGAUUUUCGCUGCUCAACUGAGAUUUAUAACUACAGUUAGGUGACAGAUUUAAGAAAAAAUCUACAUUAAGAUUGUUAAAAUGUUCUUCCAUCACAAGCCUCUAUAAUAGCUUCGUUGGUUUACAUUAUAGAUGCUCCAAGCCUUUCAAAAUACAUAUUUUCCUUGACUGUCUUGAUAAUGUCUGUAAUCAGUGGUGUCUAGUACCAAAAUCAUCCAUACAUACAGGGCUGGACUGGCCAUCUGGCAUACCAGGGCACUUUCCUGGUGGGCCGACGUGGCUGUUGGGCUGAGGCAGUUGUCUUCGCUUUUUUGUCUUAUCGGCCCAUGAGAUGUUUUGUCCUUAAUUGACACAGCUGUCAACUGAUCACCACCUAACGGGGAGUUAGUUUUGCAUUGCAGGGGAAUAGCGAGGGUAAACUGGGACCAUCGAAUUGAGGCCCUUGUCCAUGGGAUCUUUAACUCCAACCUCCCCCCCACUUUGCACCUCAGAGGAGCCUUGGGACAUGUAAUCUGAGUGGGCCAGGUUCAAAGCCUCCAUUGUGGAUGUGGGUGCCAAGAGCUCUCGGUUUAGUUGGGAGUACUGCAGGAAUAUGGGCUGUUGUUAAAAGCUAUUUAAUCCUUGUAUAACCAAACUACACUGUAUUCAUUGAUUGUCUGUCUGUUGUUGUAAUGCACUCAUUGCUGGCUGUACAACGAAUUGCUCCAUAGGGACAUGGACAGGAUUUUGAGGCAUAGCCAGGGGGAGGAAUGUGUCCGGUCAGUAGACUUUUGUAAUUUACUGAGAUUCAGCUGUUAAAAUUUGAACUGAAAUAAUCACCAGUUUAGUAAGGAAACAAGUUAAGAAAUCCCAACUGACAUUUUAUCAGACAUUAAAAAAGUGUAGGAGGAGGGGGUUUAGGGAACAGGUUUACGUUUUCAUCAUUAUCAUCAGUUCUCAAAUGUUAAACCAUUGACCUCAUAGGCUAAACUGGGGUAGAAGUAAUUCAUGUUUAAAGGACCAUUGUGAAGGUUUUAUGGAGAUUAAUUGGCUAAAUAUAUACAGCUAUACAGUGGAUCAUAGAGUUUAUAGCAGAUCAACCACUGAGUGAGAUACAGAACCUCUGAUACAGUUAGCCUGAAUGCAAGAACUCCUCUACACUACAAUAACGAAUUUAGUAGCCUUCUUAUUUGAUUGCAGAUAAAGUUUAACAAUAAAAACAGAAUACAGUUGUAAAAAAAAGCAAUACAGCGCUUGAAUCUCAUCAGGAAAUUGGAUCAUAGGCUGUAAGAACAUUUCAGAAACUGUCUACAGAAGCCUUGUCGAAAGCGUAAUGUAAAUUAUCCAAAUCCAUCUCAUCCAAAUGUUCACCUUUCAAUUUCAUUGCUAUAAAUUUAUAUUGUUCAUUUAUUUCAUUUUGCAUAAUCCCUGAUUUAUCACCCUUGUAAAUAUUCCAUUUCUAGUAGAUAUUAGUCAAUAAAUCUCAUAUUUGGUUGUUGCAUUGUGUGUUGUUUUAACAUAAAGAAUGAAGAUAAACCAUGA